GAGACUCACUUCUUUUUGCCUCAACCUUUCCAUGCUGACGGGAUGUUACGGGCUUUGCUGCUUACACUCUCUGCAGUUGCCAUUGCUCGUGCUGAGCUCUGCAAGCCAGAUGCACAGAAUGCUUUCAAAGUACGAAUUAGUAUCAAAACAGCUUUGGGAGAUAAUGCAUAUGCCUGGGAUGCUAAUGAAGAGUACCUCUUCAAAGCAAUGGUGGCUUUUGCAAUGAGAAGAUAUUCCAGCAAGAGCACAACUCAAAUUUCCAAUGUGCUGCUUUGCAAUGUGACAGAUCGGGUGUCAUUUUGGUUCGUGGUCACAGAUUCUUCCAAAAAUGUGACAACUGUUCCUGGAAGCGAGGUAGAAGCAGCCAUCAGGAUGAACCGGAACAGAAUCAACAGUGCCUUCCUACUGAGUGACAAAACACUGCAGUUCCUGAAGAUAACCUCAACUUUAGCACCUCCUGUUGAACCCUCUACACCUGUCUGGCUUAUUGUAUUUGGUGUUGUUCUUUGUCUCAUUGUGGCUGGGAUUGUUUUCCUCAUUAUUUCAGGGAUUCAGAAACACAAGAAAAAGAAUAAAGACUCAACAGAGAGAGAAAAUUUAGAAGAGAAAGUUGAAGUGACACUAGAAAAUGGGAUUCCUUGUGAAGCACUGGAUUUAAAAGCAAGCCACAUUAAUGGAGUCUUUGCAGCAGAUGAUGAACGGUUCACAUCCCUAUGAAAUGCUGCCACUGCUCUCUGGUGUUUUCCUGAAAGACUCCUGUGCCUACCUUUUCUCAUCACUACUCCUGAAUGUCAAACAUGAAGACAAGAAAAAUGUCCUUUCACGUAAUUUCCCUUGAGAGAACCUUUUGCUGAUAACACAUACACUUGAACCUCCAUUACAAUUUUUCGUGAGCAACACAAAUGAGAAGGCCUCAGAUAAUAUCCAGAAAAGAUUUCCAGAAGAUGUGUGGCAGAACAGGGUUGGAACCUGCCUUGUGUCAGGCAUCUCAUUUUUAAUGAUUAUUUAAAUAUGUCCAUUGCUUGUUUUUCCCUGACAUAAAUGUGAAACUGCAUUAUUCCUGAAUGUCACAGGGGAGAUCAUCUAUCAUUGUCAGUCCUUGAUGGGUUUUCUCUCAAGUCAUAUGCAAAAGUUUCUCUGUAAAAUUACUUCUGUUUGCUGCUAUGUUGUAUGCCUUUGGAUGGAACAGUGAUCAGUGCAUGAAAGUUUUCAUUUAUUGAGAAACAAAGAAGCUUUCACAGUCUCUGUAAGACCAGGUCAAAAUAGCUGGAUCAUCUAUAGCUCUGGGGCUAGCAAAGAUCUGGUACUUAGAAGUGUUUUUCACUUAACUGUUAAAGUUACAGGUCAUGUGAGCUGGAAAUUAGAAGUUGCAAAGCUCUGAAA